UUCAUCUCUCUUCUCAUGUCGUUUCGUCCUCGUCUUUGCUUCGUCUGUGUACAAAUGUGGCUAAUGGCGUCUGACUAGGAGCAAACUGGGUUUGUUUUAACGAAACGGCCCGUUGUCAGUCGCCGCGGCCAAUGCAAGCCGACGAAUCUAACACCAUGCCGAAGUUUUACAAAGUGGAAAUCAAUCGCACGGAAUGGGAAGUGCCGGAGCGGUACCAAAUGCUGACCCCCGUCGGAUCGGGAGCCUAUGGCCAAGUUUGUUCUGCUGUGGACAGUGUCUUGGGCUGCAAAGUUGCUAUUAAAAAAUUAGCUCGCCCCUUUCAAUCAGCUGUCCACGCUAAACGGACAUAUCGAGAGCUUCGCAUGUUGAAGCACAUGAACCAUGAAAAUGUUAUUGGCUUGCUCGAUGUAUUUCACCCAGCAACGACUCUAGCUGAUUUUAACCAAGUAUACCUUGUUACACACUUGAUGGGAGCUGAUCUGAAUAACAUAGUGCGCACACAGAGGUUGUCUGAUGAGCACGUUCAGUUCCUUGUAUACCAGAUUCUUCGAGGAUUGAAGUACAUUCAUUCUGCAGGAAUAAUCCAUCGGGAUUUGAAGCCAUCCAACAUUGCCGUAAAUGAAGAUUGUGAACUGAAAAUCUUGGACUUCGGUUUAGCCCGACCUACUGAAAAUGAAAUGACAGGAUAUGUGGCCACUCGGUGGUAUAGGGCGCCAGAAAUAAUGCUGAACUGGAUGAGAUACAAUCAAACAGUGGACAUCUGGUCAGUUGGAUGCAUCAUGGCUGAACUUCUGACAGGAAGAACUCUUUUCCCUGGAACAGACCACAUUGAUCACUUAACAAGAGUGCUAGUGCUCUGUGGAACUCCUUCUGAGGAGACUCUCUCAAAGAUAACAAGUCAAGAGGCACGCAACUACAUACAGUCCCUUCCUGCGUUGAAGAAGAAAGAGUUCAAAGAUGUGUUCAAGGGUGCUAAUCCAUUAGCCAUAGAUCUUCUGGAAAAAAUGCUGGAAUUGGAUGCAGACAAGAGGAUAACUGCAGAAAAAGCUCUGGCCCACAAAUAUCUGGAGCAAUACGCUGAUCCAUCUGACGAACCAGUUUCUGCUGCGUAUGACCAGAGUUUUGAGGAUAUGGAAAUUCCUGUUGAAAAGUGGAAAGAACUUGUGUAUGAGGAAGUUGUCAGUUUUGUUCCUCAACAGCCUGUCAAGCCUGCUGAAGUUUGAGUUGGAGCAGUUUGUGGUAACUAUCUGAUUUUUACUUGCUCUCCCCGUACCAUGUAUCAAUGGUUUUCAGAUACAUAUUACAUUUAUAAUGCUCAAUUGUGUUUGCUGACAAGGUAGUGCAUCAUUUGUUGUGAUUCACAGGUGGGUCCUAGGAUCUGCAUCUGUGAUGCAUACUGAUUUUAGUGCAUUAUUUCUGUUCAAUAAGCUAUUAGCAUUUUUAAUGCUUAGUACCUAGUUACCCUCCUGCCCAUCAUAGUGAGUGUAAUCUCAGUGUGUCCACAAGAAUGUGCUAAUCAAAAAAUUGUCAAUUUGUUGCUUGGAUUAGACUUUUAAAGCCUUACUGUACAACGAUUUCUAUUUAACAGUUAAAAAUUAAUGUACCUGAAGUGUGUACAUUCUAUCAGGGAUGGAGAGUGAUUUUUUGGAACCUUGGAUAGGUGUAUUUUGCUCAGUAUAUGAGCUGUUUUUUUGGAGUCAUGCAUGAGGCAUAUCUCAAAUGAAUUGAGUUCUUAUGUUUACUUAAGAAUAUGGCCUCAUUUGCUAUUGUUUUGUACAUUUUUCUUUCUGAGAGCUUGCAUGUUUCAAGCAGGGUAUUAGAAUUUCUUUUAGAUAAUGUUUGGUUUUUUUCCCUAGACGAUUACAUCACAAUAAAAUCUUGUGAUUCUUUUAAUAGAAAUAUCUGUUUGAUUUAUGGCACCAAGAAAUGUGAAAUGAACCUUUAUGUAAGUAAAUUAAGGAAUACGAAUGUUAGAUUAUUCUUCUAUUGCACAAAGUUUAGCUAUUUCAACCCUGUAUGUGACGGAUUUCAUUGAAACCUUACAAACAUGGUCUGUUCUGCAGAAAGUCUUCUUCUGUGUUGUUGUAGUCUGUUGUUGUUUGUCAUUUUUACUGUUGUCUUUUUUUCCGUUUUGGAAAGUAUUGUUUAUUUGUGUCAAAUGUAUUCUGUGCAAUAUUGAUUAUGAAAGAAUUUUAUUUAAGGAGGCAGAUUGUGCAUGGUGUGUGGAAUUUCUUCUUGUACUUGUAACCUAAGUAAUGUACGUUUUAUUUUGUUUCUGAAUUAAUUUAUUUUGUAGCUUCUUAAAAAUCAAAGCUGCUUUUGAGUGAAGCAAAUUCACUGAGUGAUCAUUUAUAGCAGCAGAAACUGUUCUUGGUUCCCAUUUUGGAACAUCCUUGACGAAAUUUCCGAAAACCUUACCCUGUUGGUGGUUGAUUUGAAUGGGUCAGAAUGCGUCAGUAUUGUAUUCUAUGAUUUUUCAUUUUGCUAGUCUUUAAACAGGUUUGUUAUUGUUCAACUGUCUAGAAGAUGUCACUGUGACUUUGCUUCAGUUAUACUCUAUUGCUUUAUUUUGCUUCAUUAUGAAUUGUGAGUUUGUGGUUUACAGCAAAUAGUUGUUUAGUUUAAAUUACUAAGUUUUCUCACAAUAUAAGGUUUACAUUAUUUUUCUAAUUUACAUGUACUUAUCUUCAAUUGAAGCUAAUUUCUACCCAAUUGUUAUGAUUUGUUUUUGAUGUGUGAAAAAUCAAUUGGCUGUACGAACUGAUGUCAAUGGCAGGUUCCCACUCUAUUUCUCAACCCUUGAAAUGGAAUAGCUAAAGGAACACAAAUAUUCUGUCUGAAAUCUAUUAUUGAUGAAAUGACUAGUUUGUGUCAUUUUGGGUAUUCAUCAAAUGUGAUUUGUAGAUGUAAGUCUUGCAGAACAAUAAGUUUGGAAUAAGCAGAAUGUCUCUGUGCCUAGAUUCUUUUGAAAUUUGGUUUGUCAAGUUAUUAAUAAAUUGCAGAAAGUUUGUA